CGCUUGUCGCUUGUCUUUUCUUCUCUUCUCUCCUAAACUGUCGUGAAGAAUGGAUGGUUCGUCCAGACCCUGAUCAGGUAUGAAUACAGGGGACUGCUGCAGAAGUCGAAUACUCGCCCUGAAGAAACCACUCAUCCCAGACAUUCCACCCAGUCCUUCAGGUCAGUCUGUCUCCUUCUCGUGUUUUAUUCUGUUUUUGACUUGCUUUUUCUCUUCUGAUUCUGUCUUAUCUUUCUUGAUCGACCCUGUCGAAGAACAAUCCCCUUACUGGUGUCCUCUCUGCUCUCCCAGUCUGCCUGUUGACUUCAUUUUCGCUGUCCGUGGAUUGAACUUACGGGUGGGUAAUUUCUCCCUGGUAAUCUUUCCUGACCGGAGAAAACCAGCCAAAAAUACUUUUGCUCUGGUUCUGUUCUCUCUCUCUCUCUCUCACUCACUCUCCGUGUCUUCUUCUCUUCUUUUCCUUUUCUCUCUUAUUUUUCAUUUCUUUUCUUUUCUCUUUUUUCCUUUUCUCUUUUUUUUUUUCCCUUCCCUUUCCCUUUUUCUUUCCCCCCCCCGCGCUGGCCAGACCCGGCCUUGGACUGGUCUGGAUACGUCUCCAUUCCCGGGUUGUUUGGGCCAGCAAUGGUUUCUGUCUCUCUGUCUGCCCAUCCCGACCAGCAAUCAUCAUUGAUUGAUUGAUCCCAUCCAGAAUAAAUAAAAGAAAUAAGAAGCAAGCCCCGGACCGGCCACCCGCAGCACCGAAUCAUCAUUUAUCUCCACCUUCUUAUCUUCCUUCAAUUCCCACCGGACCCUAUUACACCCUUACUACUCCUACUACUACUCCUUCUACCAUACUCAUUAAUCAUUCACCACCACCACCAUCUAUCAUCAUCAUCAUCCUCUAUCUAACCUCGCUACUAUUUCUUCCACUUACAACCUCAUCUACCAUCUACCUCCCUAAUCAUUUAUUAUCACCAUCAACCCUCUCCACCUUCGUCUACUCACCUCUAGCCUCCCACUUAGCCUUUCGUCAUCCCACGGUACUUCGAACUCACCUGAGGAUCGCAUCGAGCCGCAUCUCGCCGCAUUUCGCUUGCCUCGACUAUACCACCCACGCCUCGGUCCGAUCUCCUCAACAC